UUGACAGGAGCACUCUCUGUGUCUUGGAUUUUCCCAAGGAUCAAAGUUUGUUUUCUGAGCUAAUGAGUGUGUGGAUGAAGCGUGUGGAAGCAGUAAACAUGUCAAAUGGACGUUUCAGUCACCUGUUGAGGGGAGUCUGGCUGCUGUGGCUGUGGAAAGCUGUGUUUGUGGCUGGAACAGGGAGCAAACUGUGGGAGGUGCCCACAGCCUCUUUUACUUCCUCCUCCAACCUGAGUGACAGUCUGCAGUGGGAGCAGGACUGUCAGUACCGCCGCCCACAGGACAGAGUGAGAAUCACAGCAGACAUCCCCCCAAGACUGGAUGGCACAUGGGUGUCAACAAGGUGUGAAGUUCGGCCCGGUCCAGAGUUCCUCACCCGCUCCUACACCUUCCACCCCAGCCGUCAUUUCCAGGCUCUGCAGCACUACUACACUGACAGUGGCUGUGAGGACCCGGCCUACUCCUUGCUGAUUAGGGGGAAGCUUCGUCUGCGCCAGGCCUCCUGGAUCACCCGCGGGGGCACCGAAGCUGAACACCAUCUCAGUAAGGUGGGAAUUGUUGUCCACAGCCUGGCAGCCAAGCAGAGGCUGGCCUCCGGUCUGUCGCAGACCUGCGUGGCUCUGGCCCUGAGCCAAGUCGUACCAGGGAAGCUGUUUGAGCUGUACAACACGAGGGCGGGGAGGGGAUGUCUGGCAGCACUGGGCUUCUCCAUGAUGGAAAUGGGACUGAUCCGGGUGGAGACGCAGCACCACAGCCAUGGAGGGAAGGUCCAGGAGCUGCUAUUAGGGGAUAUUCACACUGACUGGACACAGAGGACUCAGCACAGACCUACAGGGUACCAACAGCCACUGCAGAACACCAUGCAUCACAUCCACCCUUGCCCCGUGUGCGCCCUGGUGUACCGCUCCUCAGAGCAGCGCCCCCCUGUGUUGCCCCGUAGCGCCGCAGCUCCUCUGUCUCUGACCGGCCGCUGGGUCAGCCAACGCUGUGAAACACGUCCCAACGUCCUCUUCCUCACCCGUGACUUUACCUUCGAUCCGGACCAGCACGCAUGGGAGGGCAUUUACCGGCAUUACUCGGACCCCGCCUGUUCUACGCCCACCUUCACCCUAAGAGCCUCGGGCCACUACGCUCAGGGAAACCCCUCCGCCAAGGUCUCAGGAGCCACUGAGUUUGUCUUCAAGAUCAUCCAGGUGAGAGUCACAGCUGCUGAGGAGCCCACAGCAAAGCUGCUCAAUGGGACGAGACCCGGAAAGUGUGGUCGCUCAGGCGGCUGGGAGGUCGGCGUGGAGCAGGAUUUGACCCCCACAGAUGGGUGCACCCUGCUGGGCAUCAAGCUGCCACAUAAGGAGUAUGAGCUCUUCAAGACUGAACUGGAUCACAGAAAACACCCACUGUUGUUCAUUGGAGAGAGACCGACUGACGGGUCCACUCCAGACCGACCACCGAGGAGGCCCACGUCUUUUCAGGCUCCCAUGGUGCUUUGCAGCGGGGGGGAUACACAUCUUUCACGUCGCUAUGGCUCAGGUUUUAACAGUAAGCAGGUCCAGCUUGCAGUCAGUGGGACAGAGACACUGGCACAGAUGGUGUUACUGGUCCUGGGAUCUGUACUGUGCAGCAGGUUCUGUGUUUAUUAGAGACAUUUUUUCAUGAAUUGCGCCUGUUACACAGGUGAAAUCAUUGAUGGACGUUGUUUCCUGGCACUUCACUCACUCUUCCUCCAUGUGUGAUGGUCAAGAAAAUCAUGAGACACUCAGGAGAGCUGAAUCAUUUUUAAUAUCUGGUUUUCAGAUGCUGCCAAUAAGAUUCUAAACUUCAGCUGCAUUUCUACCUAAAACUAAGCUGUAUAUAAACCACCAAUAUAUACAAAUGCCUUAAUUUCAUUAUGUAAAAAUAUAUUCUUUUGUACCGUCUUCUGUUUUGUAUAACGAUCAGAUUUUCUCACUUCACAGUUAAUUAUUCAUUUUGCAUAUUUCUUUGUAAAUGCAGUGGUCUUGUCAUGCCUUUUAAAUUGCUGAAAUGGGGAUCUGAUUUCGUUUCCACAUCAAAGCCAUGGACUUUUAAGCGGACUUCACACAAAGGCUCUUUUUGAUCCAAGAUGCAGUGUAACUAAUGCACUCUCUACAGAACAUUGUUUUCUCGACAUGCUGGAGAGAAAAGAAGCUGGAAAGUGGAACAUUUGUAAUCAGCAUUGGUCUAAUGUCGCUAUGGUGUGAAAUGUUUCUUUAUCUC